GGCAGCUCGGCACAAGGGCAGGACCGCAUCCCGGAGCUGCCUGAAGCUGCUAGCUCUUUAUUCAGACGUAACCGUUUCUUAUUUGGUUUAUACACCAAAGAGAGUAUCUCGGAGCUUUGCUAUCGAGGUUACUCCACAGCCUCGGCUGGAAAUCUGAGUCAUAAUCGGGAGGCAAGACAUCUCAGAGAGGCUGCCGACACCGCGGAGAAAGUGACGGACGGAGCAGAGCCUGAUCACCGGGAUUUUUUUUUUUUUUCUACAUCGCAUCAGUUUAGGAUAUUUCAGGCAGCUGCUUUGGCCCAGCCUUGAUUUCUUUCAGGGUACCUUCACACAAUAUUGCCUAGAUAAUAUUACAAACAUUCGCACGAUACAUUUCACCUAAGGUCGUCUAUAGUGAGCAGGCGGACCACUUUAAACCCAUGCGUAACAGCGGUGGAUUUUGGAAUACUGCGUAGCAGUUCAACGAUCCAAUCUUUCGACUAUCGGCUCUGAUAUUUGGAGGUAUCUACAAGCAAAAAGAAGAACAACCAGGACCUUUUACUUUGUUCCGGAGGCUAAACGUUAAAAACACGAAGCGCACUUGGUGCGCAAUCCUUCCGAGGACGCUCCUGAAAUUGCCGACCUGCGCUUUUGCCCUCGACAAAAAUUGGCAGCCGAGUCGAGAAAAAAGGCAAAGCUUAUUAACUUUGCAUGCUAGAGGCUAGAGUGUGGAAUCUAAUUCGCAGGGUUACCGGUAUAUUUGCAUACCAUCGGAAGAGGAGGAUAAACUUAAUCAACAUUUGACAUCGACAAAGCGGCUGCUGGAUUUUGGAGAACAGAAUGAAUCCUUUUUAAUUUGGACCGCAGAAGUAUGAGGCAGAUUGCUCAGUGAAUGCUACAAUCUGCAUGGAGUUCUAGUCUGCACUACGGAGCAAUUUAUGGUUGGCCGCAGAACUCCCCCGGCUGUAGUACUGUGCCCACCUCGCCAUGCUGGCCUGUCUGCAGAGGAGGCAAAACCCUCCACCCCAGCACCCAGUGUGUGCCAGCAAGACCCUGGAGCUCCCGCAAGCCCUUGGACGGAAGUGUGAGCUGGUGGUGCCCACACAUUCUCCACGCUACCCCACUGCGGCAGAACUUGAUGCCUACGCUCAGAAGACGGCCAACAGCCCUCUGUCCAUCAAGAUCUUCCCCACCAACAUCAGGGUUCCCCAGCACAAGCACCUUAAUCGGACUGUGAAUGGAUAUGACACCACAGGGCAACGCUACAGCCCCUACCCACAUCUUCACACAGGGGGCUACCAGGGCCUGCUCGCCAUUGUCAAGGCCUCCUCAUCGUCAUCAUCAUCAACAGCCACCUUUGUCCCUUCAAAAGGUGUUCUCAAGAACUCCGAAGGCAGACGGACUAAGCUCUCUCCUGCCCACAUAGCUGUUGCCCCAUACCCACCUCCUAGUAGUAGCACUUUAGCCAGUGGCCACGGCCAAAUGGUAUACCACACUGGGCCCUCAAAGCCUCCAGAAGGCCCCGUACUGUCGGUUCCCCCAAAUGUCACUGUAGCUGGCUCAGUGAUUCCUGUAACAGGGGGCCGAGGCCUGGCCCUGCCCGCACAGUCCAACCUCCCCUCCAUCCAGAGCAUCAUCUACCAGAUCAACCAGCAUUGCCAGGCCCAGGCUCUGCAGCAGGUGUGCCAAGGGGCUGCCACUGCACCAUCAAAUUCAAGCCCUUCCAAGCAGGGCACAACCGUCAUGGGGGUCUCCUCUAGCUCCUCAGGUGGAGGCUAUGUGGUAGGAAUGGCUCCCCAGGCCAACAUGGUGUACACAGGGCCCGGGCUGCCAGCUCAAAAUGCAGAGGCGAUGAAGACUGGUGUGUACGCAGAUGGUAUGGACUACAUCCUUUGGCAGAAGCAGCAGCAGCAACAACAACAACAACAGCAGCAGCAUCAACAGGCUGUGCUCCGCAUGUACAGCGGAGGUAGCGGUGGAGGGGGCGCCAUCAGCAAGUCCCCGGAAACUUGUGUUCCAGGGGGAGGUAUUAUGGCAGCACAAGUGUCCUCUUCUUCCUCCAGACCUUACCACCUGACAGCGAGUGCUAGUGGAGGAGGCGGGAUGGACAAAAUCAGCUCUUCCCCUUUGAACUGUGUGGGUAUGCAUGGAAAUUUCUCAGUGGGUCAGUACUUUGCCCCACCAUGGAACAGUGUGCUGGUGACACCUGACAGUGACUGCUACAACCCCCAGGAGCUUUUGGGCACCUCCACAGGAGGGCCGGCCACGGGGCACAGAGAGCUGGGCUACCCCCACCACCAUCACCACUACCACCAUCAUCAUCACCCUGCUAUAGACAGCGGGGGAGGUUUGUGCUGCAGCCUGCCCAGCAAGAGCUUGUGCAACACAUCGGUGCUGAGCAGCAGCUUGCAGUCUCUGGAGUACCUGAUCAACGACAUCCACCCACCCUGCAUCAAGGAGCAGAUGCUUGGCAAAGGCUACGAGACUGUGUCUGUGCCACGUCUGUUAGACCACCAGCAUGCACACAUCCGCCUCCCUGUUUACAGAUAGAGGGGGAAGAAGAGGAGGAAGAGAAUCAAGAGUUGUGAAUUUGUGAAGAAAAUCAAAGUUAAAGAACAGAGAUGUUUCUUUUUUCUGGGUACAGAUUGUUGAGAUUGGCACUGCUUUAACUAGUGUGGGAGCUUAGAGAAGAGCAGUUGUUGUGCUGUGUGACCGUAGGUUUGGUGGUUUCAAGGCAGGCUGUGGGAAUCCCAAAUAUGAAAGGUGGUAGUGAUUGCCAGUGGGAGAGAAAAAGGGAUUUCAAGAUUCUCCAGAUGUUCCAUUGUGUGGUUUGCCAAUAGGAAUUUUGGAUUGAUUUAUUUUUUCUUCUGUUUUUUGUUGUUGUUUUACUUGCCUGAACUUUUUUGAUGAGAAUCAUAGCUUGACAUGAAGUGCAUAUGCCACUUGUAUCCCCCCUUCCAAAUACUAAGGAUGAAGCUACUGUGUAGGUUGUCACUGAAAUGGUCUUAAAUGGGCCGAAGUUUAGGGCUGCUUUCAAAAUCCAAAACUCUGUAACACAUGAACACACACAUAGACAAACACAUACAGAUACACAAAUGUACUGAUACGUGAGGAGACUAAAAUUAUACUCGGGUGUGUAUGUACAAGGAUCAUAAGGUUGAAUUAAAAGGAUAGUACAAUAUUAGUUAUUAUUGCUGUUAUAAUUGAUACAUAAAUUGCACUGCUUGAAUCUUGUUAACUUUGAAGUUUGGAAUUGGGUAGUUUGGAUAUGAUAUAUUUAAGAAACUUGAAAACUUGAACCUAUUUUUUGUUGUUUUAUAUAUUUGUAGGUAUAUUAUAUGCAUUGGCUGCUAUGGGGAAAAGUGUCUCAAAUGCUUUUUUUUCUUAUUUUGUUUUUUUUCCCACCUUUGUUUUUAUGAUUUAAUAAUUCCUCCUCAAGCUGAUGUGCAGUUUCUUAUGUCCUGGUGUGAGGCAUAGUCGCUGCUUUGGUUCUGUAAGAACCUGGUCGGAGAGCUCUUUUUCUUAACCAACACUGGAAUCUACAAUAAAUCUUGAAAUACUUAUUUAAAAAAGAAAAUGUCACAAAAAAAUAUGAAAAAGAAAUGUUACAAUGAAGAAUGUGAUUGGGAGGUUAUCUACAUAACCUUACGUGUAUGUUUAUGCGUGUAUGUGGCUGAGUGCAUGCGCGUGUGUGCAUUUUAGUUUGUGUUCUUCAAAAUCCUCAGACUUUUUUUUUUCUUUUUUCAAUUGUGUCAUUAUAAGAUUUCUGCCACCGAGACUGAAAAACUGAUUCACCAGUCCCAUAAACAUCAUAUCUGAGUAAUUUACAGGAGAUACUUUGCAAAUCUUGUUCCCUUUUUUAUCGGAGGCUUUAGAUGGAGCUAGAGUAGAAAUCAAGUUCUCACAUGACUCCUUUAGUUACAGUGCUACAUCUCCUACUUCUGUCAACUGCUAUCAUGAUGACAGAAAGAGGUGGGAACAAAUGGAGGUCCUAUUUCGGGGGUACUACUCACCCCUGAUCCUGCUAACGAAUACAAAAUGAAAACAAUCAUGCCCUGUCCUCUGGCAUCAGAUGAAAUGAGAAGAGGCUCACUGCUUCCCCUUGUCCGUUUCAGCCCCUGGUUGGGAUACAUUUAGCCCGGGCCAGUCUUAACUUGAUGAUUCAGAGCAGUGAAAUAUUUAUUAUGACUGUGAGAUUCCCUUGAAUGUACUGCACUUAAAUUACUGCAAUGUUUUAUUGCCUUGUGGGACUCGAGUGAAAGAGAAAAAUUGGAUCAGUGCAGCAGUCCUCUGGUCUUAAAUUAGCAUUUCUUUUGUCCGUCAAAUUUCAAUGGUAAAUUGAAUUUAGUAACUGGAGAGAGGGAGCCGGAGCUUUGUUGUGGGAAAAUACUGGCAUCAGUCUAGAUUUAUGAAGUGCAAUUAUUAUGACUGUAUUAACAUUUUUUCUCUGAGCUUACACCAAAAAAUGUAAACUACAGUUGUCAAUACAUUCCCAAUGUACCACAUCCCUAAUCCCUAUCCUUUUUUUUUUGUUUUGAGGUGUAAAAUAAAUUUCUUUAAGAAUAUAUUAAGAAGCCACAUCUUGGCUUUGAAGUCUGUCAUUAUUUUUUUAAUGUAUGUCCUCUAGACGUCAGCGGGAAAUUGAGCCCUUGUUUCAGCAGCAGCGUCAUGUGUGAUGUAGAUCCUUCACUGUACUGUAGCGAUCAAACCUCUGCCACUGAGAUAACCUACCAUAUUUAAAUGAUUAUCUUUCAAAUGUUUACACUUUGGCCAUCCAAAGAUAAAGGAUAGACAGCAAUGUUGGGAAAAAAAAGAAAGGAUUUACACAUUAAUAUUGAAGACGGAGCAGAAAAUAAAUUUUCUUUGAUCACUUGCACUCCAUAAAUAGACCUGUUUCUCCCUUAAGAUAACCCUUGCUUAAUCUAAACUACGAGCCUUAAAUUUCAAGCUAAUGGUGUUUGUAGACACACACUACUGUCUUUGAAGGCUGACAAAGAUUUCAGUGGAAAGAAUACCAAGCCCCCUUGGCUUAAAUUUGCACAGUAAGCCUCCUUAACAUUCCAGUGAAAAUUGUUCAUGUUGUUUCAACAGCUUAAUACCCCAGCCACACUGUGUGAUUCCAGCAUAUUUUCUGUCUUGUAGAAAUAUUUUGACAGAUUUACAGAUACAUCCCGUCCCUAAAUCCCCUCCGUUUGGCUUCUGCAUCCAAGCAUUAAACCCUGUCACAUGAUGUUGAAGUGAAGAGGAGACACUUGAGGCAGUGGAGUUUCUAGUGUCUGGCCUUUCCCACCAGUGGAGGUCUGAGGCACCAGGCCUUUCUGCUAAUGGGAAUAUUGGGUGACGCCUGGCUGCUGGACACUGCCAGUGGAGAGUAUUCAUUCACUCAAAGGGUUGAAAUCAAACCCUUUUCAAAUAGCAAGGGAUUUCCUAUUAGAUACUGCGAGGAAUCUGGCCAUUGUGAGCCAAGUUUAGAUGAAUGAAACACAAAAGAUGACACAAAAUACAGCAUUUUUCUUUUGUUUUUUUAACAGGAAUGUUUAAGUCGGGUCCCAUGUUGUGUUUAAUAUGAGGUGGUAUUCAGAUACUUUUACUAUCUUUCCUUUGUGGCUACAUUUUCUACUGUACAGGCUCCAAACUGUCUGUCCCCCUGGUUCUUUGCACACAUUAAUGAGCUCCUAUUGAUGGGAUGCAUCUUAGCCCUGCAACUCUGGUCCAUUCCACAAUUCCCGAUUUGGACAAUGGACGCUUAGCCCAUAUUAGGAUAAUAGAAUUAAAUUUCAAAUAGAUUUGUGCCUGAGCUGAUCCAUGCACGGCUCACUCAGCUGCAGAGGCAGAGUGGCAUAUGGCAUGUCAUUAUCUAAGCCCACCCUCCCCCUGUCCGGGGCCAACAGGGUUCAGCAGUGCUUAAACAAACUGAAGGUUAGGACUGGCUGGCUGGCGUUGAAGGGGAGGACAGCGGGGUUUUAAAGGGGAGGGGAGGGGGGUUGUUAAAUCACAGCCUCCACAGCGUCUCAGAGGGCCUCAGCACCGCACCAUGGCGCCUGGGCUCAGAGGCCUGCUUUAAAAAGCUGGGCUGUGUUUGAUCGAGGGGAUUUGUUUUCUGUUGGAUUAUACAUGGUUGCUCCCUGCCUGGCUGAGGGGCCCUGUGCAAUGUGACAGAUCUCAGCAAAAGAAAGAAAGAGGGAGAAAGAUACAGGGAGGGAUUUUGGGGUCAGAGGAGCCUCGAAGCAUCAGUAAUCAGGAUAAUUGCCAUGUUCCUGGUGCUGGUUUCAGCCUCCCCUCUUUGGCUCUGCGGCCUCAUAUUCAGAUUCAAGCUCUGAGGAAAUCACAUUCCUCACUGAAAGACUUAUUGUGCCUCAAUUUACUAAAUUCUAGUAAGUGAAAUCUUCAUUUCCAAUUAAGUUCUCAAUGCUUGGGAAAAUAUUUUAAGUUCUGUGGCCCAGGAAAUGAUAAAUUACACCAAUCAAACCCCAUCUGAACACGGACACUUAGAUCCAUAACUUAUCUCUGUGGCUUCACACUAUCGACUGUUAACACGUUUUCAAGGGCAAUGAGACGCUCACGAGGAUGGCCUGAGGGCAAAGUGGAGGGGAAUUGACUUAUGCUCGUUGUAAAAAUCCCUCAGUAAAUCCCAAUAAGUCCAUGAAGACCUUUACCCAGUGCAAAGGUCUAGUCGCAUAUUAUGCACCUUAAAUACUGCUAAGAAGGAAGCAGAGCGGACGGGCUCGUUCAAAGCAGGGUCAGCUCUUUCACUCUCAAAACAGAGGGGAUGGGAGGGUGGGGAGAGAUAGAGAAAAUAAAGGCAGCUGCUCGCUCUGUAGAGUCUUGGCGCUGCUUCCCUAACCUACAGAUGACUGAGGGGGGUGGGUAAGGGGGGUGACGUCCCCUCCACGCCACUCUGGUCAACCUCAGUCAUGUCCCCUGGCUGCCCUUGGGCCCCUGGGGCUCUCAUCUCUGAGUCCUUCCCAGCAUCCCUUCUUAACGUCUGCAGAAGAUAAAGUCAUGAGGCCAGUGCUCUCCAUUUGGCUCCUACCUAGCAAGAAAAUACUUUAAUCAAUAAUACAGAUGGUUCUGAGGAGGCUUGUAUAGUUAACCCACCAGCCUUAUAUCUGCACAAUAUCAUUAAACGAUUUCUUGUGUUUUGCUACUUAAGCACAUUGCCAUCGCUAUCGUGCUACUGAAUAGAACUGGAUGGGUCCGAUGUGAGCACCAUAUAAUUUAAAUGUUGUUUUCAGCGUUUAUUAAUACAACACAAGGUAAAAAUCAGCACAGAUCCCAAAAUAAAUCAGGAUCUUUUUUUUUUCCAAAGGCACAGCCCUUUUCUAAGAGGCAAUGCAGCAGGUCGUAAUUCCAGGAGCUUACAGCUUUUUAUUUCUUCAGCGUCACAACUAUGUAUGUUCAGCUGAAAAAGCUUAUGGCCUCCAAAUAUUCAUCUAGUUUAUGUGGUGGGUAUAUUGCUGUAUCCAAUCUAAACACAAAAGUCUGGGGAUUUUGCUUUUUUUUUUUCUUCCUCUUUCCUUUUUACUGUUUGUGUGGCUCUCAGAAUGUUCCUGUGGACAAACAGGGCUGUUUUUUUCCCGAAUGAUCUCAAAUGCACCAACGCUGCCAAAGUCUGAGGGUGCCGCAACCUUGAGAAAAUAAUAUAUAUGGAAAUGGGAAAUCUAUUAAGCAUCUCUCUUAUUGUUCUCCCUGCAGUGUUGUAUUUAUGUUUAAAAAAUGAUUUUGUCUCCUCAGGAUGAAAAAAAUGUAAAGAAUACCUUGCUUUUUCUUUUGAAAAUGAUAAUAUAUGAGUCUUAGAUUUCGAAAUAAGAAGUCUGAAUAUAAAAAGCUGUAAAAUCCUUUAGUCGUGGGGUUUUCAACUUUUGAAUGUGCCUACAGCCAAGCAUCCCAGUGAUUGCUUACCUUCUACCCCCUCUCCAGUUCUGCAAUCUCCCCCUAAUCUCCCCACAACCAUCAUCUUCAAUUUGCUGAAACUGCCACUGUCCCCCCUCCAUCCCAACGACCACAGUAGAUAUUUUGUCUGUUCCCUGCUUUUUGUCAAUCUCAGGACUGAAAUUUCUUUAUUUUAAUGUAGAUGGUUGGUUUUCAUUUGACCUCUCCUCUCUUAUGUAUUAUUGUUUGACAUAAGUAAA